AUGGAUUCAGAAGAAUUUUUGUCUGCAGCUCAACAACUAAUUCAGUUCAUUGUAAAGUAUCGAAAUGGUGCAUUCUGUCGUGAAUUCCCUGUCCUACCUGACCAAACUAAUAUCAAGCCUGGUUAUCUGAUACCUCUUAUGCCAAAUAGAGCCCCCGAGGAUAAAGAAAACUUUGAUCAGAUACUUCAGGAUAUUAAAGAUAAAAUUAUGCCCGGAUAA